CAUCAUCCAUGGAUCUAUGUAUUGUAGAUUCUGGUUUCUUCUGAGAUUGGAAGGCUUUGGUUGAAUCCCUAGUUCUAUGCUCUAUUUUCAUGUCCGUUUCAGUAUUGAGUUAUGAUUAUUUUUUUAUGGUGGGUGAGUGUAGAAUUAUAUCUACGAUGUUUUUAAGUAAGCGGUAUCCUCUGUUCUCUCUUUUCCUUUUAAGUCUAUGAGGAUUCCAGGUUAGUCGCUUGUCUAGACUUCCAGUUUGCCAAAACACUUUUUAGACAAAACUAUGUGCAGUCAAUCAAUCAAAAUGAUCUGAAGUUCCGAAUUUAUCUCCUGACCAUUGGGAACCGAUUCAAGACGAUAUCGCCCUAUGUAUACAAACAAAACAACAAACAGGACGGUCUUUUUUGGCAAACGUUUCGCGCCUUGGCGAGACUUGUAGAGUGGCCAACGAAUUGAAAUAGAUUUGCAUAUCAUCGCAAUUGUCGGCUCUUUUGACGAGACGAAAAUCUAAAGCGGCUUUUCAGAAGUAUUGCGCAUCUCAACUUCGCGAGAGAACCUUCUGCAGCUUGGUUCGACAACGUUACAAUGCCUGAUGUCAAGUGAUUGUGUUGAGAAGGGAAGUUGCAGGCUCCGAGGUAGCAGAUCUUCCCUCAACGGCGGUGCCCUGAAAAACGGGCAAGUCGCCAGGCCUCCCAAACCCUGCUGUUUUUGUUGGUGCUGUUGCUGCACCUGCUCAUGGAAUAAAUGCUUGGCAGUCAAGACAAAUACGGAGAACUGCAACAAAAAGACGGAGACAACUGCGGAAAGCCUUUUGAACUGUGAUGGAGAACCUCCGCCAUCUUUGGAGGAGAUCCGUGCAUGGGGAAAAUCCUUCGAUAGGCUCAUGAAAAAUCCAGCCGGAAGAAAAGUUUUCCGUGAAUUCUUGCGAUGCGAAUACAGCGAAGAAAACAUCCUAUUUUGGCUAGCAUGCGAAGAACUGAAAAAAGAGGGAAAUCCCGAUCUCAUAGAAGAAAAAGCGCGAUUCAUCUAUGAAGACUAUAUAUCCAUACUUUCUCCUAAAGAGGUGAGUUUGGAUUCAAGAGUACGUGAGAUUGUAAAUCGCAAUAUGGUUGCUCCGACACCUCACACUUUUGAUGAAGCGCAACUUCAGAUAUAUACAUUGAUGCAUAGAGAUUCAUACCCUCGGUUUGUCAACUCAUCGCUCUUCAAGCAGCUUGCUCAGCUGAAUAACAAUAGUGAUGGGAGUGACAUGAUACCAGUAGUCGAAGCUCAACAAUCUCAACCAAAACAGUAAACAGAGCACAAAUGAUCAACUAUCUCUUAACUAUAAUUUUUUUAUUGUAAUUAAUUAUUGCAAUUUAACUGUAACUAUUUCUUAUUGCUAUUUGCUGCUCAAACUGCGUUAUACAUAAAAAGCAGCAAUAUUUUAUAUGCUCUAUUGCACAAAUAUUUUUUUGUUUGUUUUUGUUUCAAAACAGUACAUGCAGAAAUGAUUCCACAAAGAGUUAUUACCAAAUAAUCUGUGCUAAAUGCAAUUGGUAAAUUGACUUGUGGUUAAAUUAAAACUAUUUUGAACAUCAAAUAGAAUGAUUUAAAUUCUUUUUGUAACAAAAGAAAACUAAACAGACUAUUUUAAAAAUUUGAGGAAUAACUUUAAUACAAUGAGAGCUACGUCUUUUGUAAGAAAAAUGCAUUUAAAUUAAAACAAAUCAAGUACAUAAGUUUCUUAACAUAAAAACAAAAAU